UCCCGCUUGACGUCACUGGCAAGAACUAGUCAUCCGCGAUGAAACAUUCUCGCGAGGAAUGCAGGCCGGCCAAUGGCGCUGGCGCUGCGAAUCACGAUCCUCCUCAUCGGCGGUCUCGUCCUGGCGCACGAUGCGAGGUAUAUCAACAUCGAUUGCGGCGGCGCGAUCGAUUUCACGGAUUCUCGAGGCCAGGCGUGGGUGCGCGAUGCCGGAUUCACCUCCACUGGUGCCGUCGCGAGAGUUUCCAUUGCGAAUUCUUCUCGGGAGCUCGGAUCGCUGCGAUAUUUCCCGGAUGGAUACGAUGAGAAGAGUUGCUACGAGGUUCCAGUGGUGCUGGGCAACAAGUAUCUCGUCCGAGCAACGUUCUUCUAUGGAGACUACGAUGGAAAGAGAAAGCCGCCAAGCUUUGACCUCUAUCUCCAGGCGAGCCACUGGACUGGCUUGACAACGAGUUUGGACAAGGCAACGAGCAGCGAAAUUCUCGCGGUUGCUACGAGCAACAGCUUGAGCGUGUGCCUUGCUGCUAGUGCCGCUGGGAACGUUCCAUUCAUUUCCUCCUUGGAACUGAGGCACCUGGAAGCAACCAUGUACGAGGCACUGUCUCCGGAUCGUGCUCUUCUCCUGUUUCAAAGGCUGGACAUUGGAUCUUUGUCCCCGACGAGUAUCAGACUUCCUGAUGAUACGUAUGAUCGCAUUUGGACGUCCGACUUUGGUGACGAAGAUUAUCCCAGGCUAGUCACCCAAAAUCCGGUAGCUCUUGGAUCGUCGCCAGAACAGGCUCCUCUUGCAGUUAUGCAAACUGCUAGAACGAAGCCUGUCAACAGUUCGUCUGACUUUUCAUACUUUCUUCCAUUUCCUGAGAUAUCUUCGGGGCGGAAAUACUGCAUCAUACUUUACUUUGCGGAGGUGACAAGUAUGAAUUCUGGAGAUUUAAGAGAGUUUGACAUCAUUUUAAGCGGCACCUCGCUGAACAACACUCCAGUCUUUCAGUCAGUAAACGUGGCAAAUCAAGCGGGAGGAGCUUACAUUGCACUCGAGCUCCACGACUACAAUCGAACAUUUUAUGGGCCCGUGAGAGUGAAACUUAUUCCAACCCAACGAUCGACACUGCUGCCGUUUCUCAGCGCUCUCGAGGUGUACACAGUUUUGGAUGGUUUAAGCGCCGGGACUUUUGCAUCAGACGCGGCGGCAUUGUCAAAUGUGAAAGAGACAUUUAAUCUCGAAGGGGCCGGAGAUCCAUGUUUACCGUCGCGGUACAAAUGGGAUUGGAUCAACUGCGACAAUGGAAGUCCUCCAAGAAUCAAUGCACUGACUUUGUCAAAUAUGAAACUCCAAGGAGCUAUACCGAACGGACUUUCACGUCUCACUGGGCUCAAUAUCAUACGACUCGAUGGAAAUCAUUUAACCGGCGGUUUGCCUGAUUUAAGCGCACUUAAGAACUUGACUCUUUUGGACCUUCACAGUAAUAGCUUAAGCGGACUGAUUCCAGCAAGUAUCACUAGCCUUCCUAAUCUUCAAAUGCUGUACUUACAGGACAACAACUUCAGUGGCCCCAAACCAUCCGUGGCCAACACGAAUAUGUUCAUGAACACUUCUGGUAAUCCUUGUCUCUUAGAAGACUCUCCAUGCUUCAAUGCUGCAACGACUGGUGUCUCCAGACACAAACACCAUUUACGACGUCUUUGGAUAUCUCUUGCCGUCGGCUUGCCUGUUCUUUCUGCAAUCACAGUCUUAAUCUAUUUCUUGAGAAGAUUCAUUGCCGCUGAAAAACGUUUUGAUCCUGUCGAAACUCCGCGGCACCCUUGUUCCAUUUUUCGGCUCGACGAGCUUAUUCUAGCUACGCAAAACUUUUCGAAAGAAUUGGGAAGAGGGGGAUUCGCCAAGGUAUACUACGGUGUUCUUCCUGAUGGACGAGAAAUAGCUGCCAAGGUGUAUUUUCAAGAGAAUGAGCGACUAAGAAGAAGACGUGACGCUUUCUUAAACGAGGUGGAGAUACUUUCACGGGUGCAUCACAAGAACCUGGUUUCUCUUAUUGGCUACUGUGUUGAAUCUCUGAGCCUUAUCGUCGUCUUUGAGUACAUGUCAGGAGGAACUGUACAAGGAAAACUCCAUGCUGGAACUCAGGCAUGUUUAACGUGGGAGACAAGACUUACGAUUGCUUUGGAUGCCGCUCAAGGAGUUGAAUAUUUGCAUACUUGCUGCAUACCUCAGGUCAUGCACAGAGAUUUGAAGAGUAGCAAUAUUCUGCUGAGCGACAAAAUGAUGGCUAAAGUCGGAGAUUUUGGUAUUUCCAAGUUCCUCUCUCCCGACGAUGAUAUAUCGAAUUCAGUCAAAGGAACACCUGGAUAUGUCGACCCAGAAUACUUCGCCACGAAUCGUUUCUCAGAAAAGUCCGACGUCUACAGUUUUGGGGUAGUGCUGCUCGAACUGAUAUGUGGUCGGGGGCCACUCGACUUGGAACUGAUGGACCAAGGAUUGACACUGAUUGUUUGGUUCAGGUCCCUCGUCCAGAGCGGAAAAACAAGAGAAGUGGUCGACCUGAGACUGGAAAACACGUACAACUUGGAAUCCAUGCAAAGAGUGGUAGAUACUGCGAACUCGUGCAUCGAGAGCGAUCCUUCCAACAGGCCCGACAUGAGCACCAUCGUUGGAGAGCUUAAAGAAGCACUCUGGCUCCAGCGUCAGCAGCUUUCUCCCACAGAUAAGAUGAUAGUUCCGCUUUUACUUCUUCACAGAUCCAUGCGACAAGAACGCUGCUCUAGAAUUGAAAUGGUCUCGGCCUCUUCGUACUAGGCUGCUCUCAUGGGAAAAGUAAAAAAAAAAGCUCUCAUGAGGUCUCGAGCCUAACACCGAGGAGAAGAAAGCAUUGCCCUGUAAGCUAGUUUCUUAGUACUUUUCUUUGUCCAAAGGAUUACUCCUAGUUCGAUUGUCACUGAGUUUGUGUCUGAUAAAACUGUAUUGACUUCAAAGAAACUUAACUUCAAGGA